AUGUCUUUAUCAGAUGGGGAUGUUUGGGAAUCUGACUUCGAAAGCACAAUGUCUGUUCCUUCCAAACAGGACGAAACAGCUGAAAUUCGUAAGCUUCGACUAAUCCACCAAAAGAGAGGUUACCUUGAUGGCAUCACCUCGGCUAAGGAAGAAAACUUACAGUCGGGAUUUGAUGAGACGUAUGGCAUAGGUUCCAAAUUCGGAAAUCGGAUUGGAAUAGUGUUGGGUGGUCUCUAUGUCCUCGCAACCCUGCAUGGCGAGCGCGAUGACGCCCUCAAAAGGGACCUUGCGCAAGCUCAAAGAGAUCUCAGGAUUAACAAAACACUUAGCAAGCAGCAUUUUGAUGAGAACUGUGACAUGCGAGAGGAAAGUGAUCCGGUAAGUGCUUGGGAAAACGUCUUGGUCCAAUACCAGCGCAAGUACGCGCAGUAA